ACUCCGUCUUCUUCCUCAUCACUCAUUUGCCUCUCUCUUCCUUUCAAUUGAACCGGAAGUGCGGGGUUUCGCAGUAUGGCGAACACAGGCUCAAGCGAAACCACUUAUGAUAGGAACGCAGAAUUUCAAGCGUUUGAGGAUACAAAAGCUGGAGUAAAAGGUCUUCUAGAUUCUGGGCUCACAAGGAUCCCACAAAUGUUCCAUUCUGGGAACUUGAACCACACAGAGAGCUCAGAAAAUUACUCGAACCUCACAAUCCCCAUCGUUGACCUCGGAGGCAUACACCGUGAUUCGGCUCUACACAUUGAAGCCGUUGCGAAAAUUGGAAGUGCAUGCCAGAAUUGGGGUUUUUUCCAGGUGAUAAAUCAUGGGAUUCCAAAUGAUCUUUUGGACGAGAUGAUCGACGGAAUUCGCCGGUUUCAUGAACAAGAUUCUGGGAUAAGAAAGCAGUUUUACACGAGGGAUUUGAAGAAGAAAGUUAGGUACUAUUCCAAUGUUCACAUGAACAAAGACCGACCUGCUAACUGGAGGGAUACUCUUUUUGUAGCUCCUGACGCAGCAAAAGAAGAAGAAAUACCAGCAGUGUGUAGGGACAUUGUGAUUGAAUAUUCAAAGAAAAUAAGGGAAUUGGGAUAUACAAUUUUUGAGUUAAUGUCUGAGGCUCUUGGCCUUAAUCCUUCUUACCUUAAGGAACUGGCUUGUGGGGAAGGCCUUUUUCUUCUUGGUCACUAUUUUCCACAAUGCCCAGAACCUGAAUUGACUAUGGGAGUCACCAAGCACACUGAUUCUGAUUUCAUGACAAUCCUUCUGCAAGACCAGAUAGGUGGUCUUCAAGUUCUUCAUGAGAAUCAAUGGGUUGAUAUUCCUCCCGUGCAUGGAGCUCUCGUUGUUAACAUUGGAGAUCUUCUACAGAUUAUAACAAAUGACAGGUUGAUCAGUGUGUAUCACAGGGUCUUAGCAAGGCCUAUAGGCCCAAGAAUUUCCAUAGCAAGCUUCUUUAUAAAUCUCGGUGAAACAGCUGAAAAAAAUGCAGCAAAGGUUUACGGUCCAAUUAUGGAAUUAUUAUCAGAAGAAAACCCAGCAAUAUAUAAGGGAACUACUAUUAAAGAUUUUUGGGUAAACAAUAUCUCGAGGGGCCUUGAUGGAAAAUCUUCUUUACAAUUCUUCAAGUUAUGAAGCAAUUAUGACAAGAAGAAGCACUGAUCUGUGCAUUCCCGAUUCUCAUGGAUUUCCACUUUACUUGUUAUUGUAUCUCAUAUUUCUGAAACGUCUUCCUGUGUGUGUAAAAAACUUCUAUAUCUCAAAAGUUGAAGUUAUUAAGUGAAGGAUUAUUAACGAUCUAAUUAUAUUUGUAUCACAUUUU